AUGUGGUGCUUGUACUUCGUCAACGCAUGGCAAUCCCAGAUCACGGCCAACGCGUCGGCCUACAUCACCAGCGACUUCGAAUCUCAUUCGUUGAUCCCCGUCAUCGCCAUCGUGUCCAGCGUCAUGUCGGCAGCGACAUACAUGCCCGUGGCCAAGAUUCUCAACCUCUGGGACCGUUCAAUCGGCUUCGCCCUGAUGGUCGUCUUUGCCACGAUCGGCUUGAUCCUGUGCGCGACGUGCUACGACAUCGCCACGUACUGCGCCGGCCAAGUCUUCUACAGCAUCGGAUUCGCCGGGUUGAUCUUCUGCGUCGACGUCAUCACGGCCGACACGUCGACGCUGCGCGAUCGAGGCCUCGCGUACGCCUUCACUUCGUCGCCCUUCAUCAUCACCGCGUACGCCGGGCCGGCGGCGGCGGCGCACUUUGUGCAGACGAACUGGCGGUGGGGCUACGGCAUCUUCACCAUCAUCCUGCCCGUCGUGGCCGCGCCGCUGUUCAUCCUGCUGCGGUACAACCGGCACCUGGCCAAGAAGCGGGGCCUGCUGCGCGAGAAGGAGCGCAGCGGCCGCACCCUCGUGCAGAGCAUCCGGCACUACGUCAUCGAGUUUGACCUGCUGGGCGUCAUUCUGCUGACGGCGGGGCUGGUGCUGUUCCUGCUGCCCUUCACCAUCGCGGGCUCGACCGAGAGCGACUGGAAGACGGCGUCGAUGAUCGUCAUGCUGGUCGUCGGCAUCGCGUGCCUGCUCGCCUUCGCCGCGGUCGAGCACUGGGUUGCGCCGGUGCCGUUCCUGCCGUGGGAGAUGCUGGCCACGCGGACGGUGCUCGGCGCCUGUCUCGUCGACGCCACCUACCAGAUUGCGUACUACUGCUGGAACGACUACUGGACGUCUUACCUGCAGGUGGUCUAUGGCGUCAGCAUCGAGACUGCGGGCUACAUCGGCAGCAUCUUCGACGUCGUGUCCGGAGUCUGGCUGCUGGGCGUGGGUUUGUGCAUCAAGAAGACUGGCCGGUUCCGGUGGCUGCUGCUGUGGUCGGUGCCGCUCUACAUCCUCGGUGAGGGGCUGAUGAUUUACUUCCGGCAGCCGCACUGGUCGGUGGGGUACAACAUCAUGUGCCAGGUGAUGAUUGCGUUCGCGGGCGGCACCAUGAUCAUCGUGCAGCAGGUGGCGGUCCUGGCCGUGUCGGACCACAACAACGCGGCCUCGGCCCUGGCGUUCCUGAACGUCUUCGGCAACAUGGGAGGUGCGGUGGGGAGCAGCAUUUCUGGAGCCAUCUGGACGCACACGCUGCCGGCGGCGCUGAAGCGGCUGCUGCCCGACUCGGCAAAGGCCGACUGGCAGGAAAUCUACGACUCGCUCGACGUCCAGCUGAGCUACCCAAGAGGGACCGAGACCCGACAUGCCAUCAACCUGGCCUAUGCCGAGGCGCAGAGCAAGAUGCUGAUCGCCGGUACCGCCAUCAUGGCGCUUUCUCUCGGGUGGAUGUUCCUGGUCAAGGACUUGAAGGUCACCAAGCAGCAGACCAAGGGUGUCCUGUUCUAG